UUUUCUGUUUAUUUUGUUUUUGAUUUUUUGCAAGUCAACAUCAAUUAAAGUUUUCAAUUAUGGAGUCUAGAGUAACUGUUUUAACUCCCAAUGGGAGAAGGCAAAUCAUCAAAGUUUCCCCAAAUACUACACUUUUGAAAAUAUUGGAGGAUGUGUGCUCUAAGCAUAAUUUUGAUAGUGAAGAAUUCACUCUAACCCACCAUAAUAAAGAGGUGUCGCUAUCACAACCCUUUCGGUUCAGUGGGCUACCAAAUAACUGUCAAUUGGAAAUGGCACAGACGGAUAGGAAACGUUCUACUGCGGAAGUUGAAAUUUGUGUUCAAUUGGAAGAUGGCUCUCGAAAACAGGGCAGCUUCCAAUCUACAGACAAUUUAUUGGAUGUCAUGAAACAGCUCGCUAAUGAGGAAUUAUGCAAAUACGAGAGUCCCGUAGUGGUAUAUAUGCGACAGGAUGUCAUGGGGCAAGAGAAUAUGAAUGCAACGACCUUAAAAUCUUUGGGGAUAUUAGAAGGAAGAGCUUUGUUGCGAUUGGCCAACAAAAAAAUAGAGGAAUUGAAAACGCAGGCAAUGGUUUAUGCACCCCCAGCACCAAAGCUAGAAAAGAAAACAGAUGAAAAGGACAAUGAAAAAAAUCCCAAAAGUAAUAAAAUUACUGGAGGAAGCGGAGGUUUUGCAAUUACUAAAGAUUUGGUGCAGUCUCUAAAGAAAGCUGCGGCAACAACCGAAGACAAGAAAUCUACAGAAAAUGAAGACCAGCCAUCUCGCAGCCCUUCAACAGAAGAACAAAAUAAGGAAGCGGUAAAACCAAAAUAUGACUGGGGUGACGCACCAGGUCGUUCGAUGCAGGCAUCGAAGGGCAAUAUUGAACCUGAAAAGGAAGAGAUUGUAGAACCCGAAAUUGAACCAGAAUACCACAUAAUUGGUGAACGCCAUGCUUUAAUUUAUUCCUUGGAUGCAGCUCAAAGCCAAAUCGAAGAUUUACCUGAUUCGUUUUACGAUUUAACUGUAAAUGACCUAAAACUGGUGUUACGAGACUUACGCAAAAUCGCUUCUGGCGAUGAAGAUGCACCAUUACUAACAGAAAAAUUGAGAGAAAUUGAGAACAGUAAUACAAUGUUAAAGAAGAUUUCACAAUAUAAAAAUUGCGUCAUACGCAUACAGUUUCCAGAUCGCCAUGUACUUCAGGGUAUGUUUAAGCCCAUCGAUAAGGUUGACGAUAUUAUGCAAUUUGUUAAGGCAUUCUUAAAACAACCCGAGCAGCCAUGUUAUUUAUUUACAAUUCCUCCCAAAAAUAAAUUGGAUUUGGAUAAAACAUUGUUGGAAUUAGAUUUUGUUCCCAAUGCACUAGUGCACUUUUCUCCCGAAGAUGAAACAUUUAACGGUACGCUCGUUGAAGAUGCAUUUCUAAAGCAAUUGUCUAGUCCGGAAGGAGCUUUUUAUGCCGCCAGUAAAUUUAGAAAUCAACUGAAAAACACAUCUGAAGAAAGACCACAGCUAAGUCCAUCAACGGGAGCAAUACCUAAACGUCCACGCUCUGAUCAAAUAAAAAAUUAAGAAAACACAUGCGACAUACAAA